AUGACUGACACUGGAUUGCCACCUAACUGGACCAUCCGAAUCUCGCGUACCCACGCUAAAGAGUACUUCUACAACCAAUCCACAAAAGAUUCCUCGUGGGAACCACCAUUUGGUACCGAUGAUGAAAAAUUAAAAGCAUACUUGAUUAGAUUUAAACAAAAUAAAAAUAAACCAGUAAUCCCAGAAGAUGGUAAGAUUAGAGUGUCACAUUUACUAAUUAAAAGUAACCAAUCAAGAAGACCCAAAUCUUGGAAAAAUCCUGACGGCAUUACUACUACCCGUGAUGAAGCAAUUGCGAUUUUGAAAAACUUACAAACUAAAAUCUUAAACGGUGAAGCUAAACUUGGUGAUUUAGCUAAAACUGAAAGUGACUGUUCUUCUCAUUCUAAUGCUGGUGAUUUGGGUUUUUUCGCUAAAGGUCAAAUGCAACCUCCUUUUGAAGAAGCUGCUUUCAAUUUAAAUGUAGGUGAAAUUAGUGAUAUCGUUGAAACCGAUAGUGGAGUUCAUCUUAUUCAAAGAACAGCAUAA